GACAAGCUCUCAAGGUCCCUUGUCCAAUCCCGAUCGAAUGUAUGGAAACCCUUAUAGUGUUCUUCUUUGGACAGCUUCGCUGCUCUCUCUGGUGACCUUCGAAGAAACAGCAUAAUACACCAUCUCUCUCAUUUUCUUCACAUAAAGCGCUUUAUCAGCUAAACUAUCAAAAUGGGCUGUAGAUUCAAUUCUCCAGAAGAGUUUCUCAAGUUUGUCAAAGCGAAAGACCCUCAGGAGAGUGAGUUCCACCAGGCUGUGGAGGAGGUUGUGUUUGCAAUCUGGGAUUUUCUCAAAGAGAACCCCAAGUAUUGUAGUCAGGCCUUGCUGGAGAGAAUAGUAGAGCCUGAGAGAGUCUUGAGCUUCCGCGUGCCUUGGCUUGAUGACAAGGGUGAGGUCCAGGUUAAUAGGGGUUACCGGGUGGAGUUUAACUCCUCUAUCGGCCCCUACAAGGGUGGACUACGCUUCCAUCCUAGCGUGAACCUUGGUAUCCUGAAGUUCUUGGGAUUUGAGCAGGUCCUCAAGAACAGCUUGGCAACCCUACCCAUGGGUGGUGGCAAGGGUGGGUCCAACUUCGACCCCAAAGGAAAGUCUGAUAACGAGGUGAUGAGGUUCUGUCAAUCCUUCAUGCUGGAGCUACAGCGACACAUUGGCCCAGACACAGAUGUCCCAGCUGGGGAUAUUGGAGUAGGAGGGCGUGAGAUUGGGUUCUUGUUUGGCCAAUACAAGCGCAUUCGCAAUGAGUUUACUGGGGUGUUGACAGGAAAGGGUAAAGGUUGGGGUGGUAGUCUGCUGCGCCCUGAAGCCACCGGGUAUGGCCUGCUCUACUUCAUCAAAGAAGUGCUUGCUGCAAAGGGUGACUCCCUGGAGGGUAAAGUAGUUACAAUCUCUGGGUCUGGUAAUGUGGCGCAGUAUGCCUUGGAGAAGACCCUUGAGCUUGGCGGUAAAGUGGUCACCCUUUCCGACUCCAACGGGACUGUGUAUGACCCAAGUGGUAUUGACUCUGCCAAGCUGGCAUUCGUUAUGGAGCUUAAGAAUGUGAAGCGCGGCCGCAUAAAGGAGUACGCCGAUAAGUACGGCGUGGAGUACCAUGCGGGCAAGAGACCUUGGUUCGUCAAGUGUGACGUCGCGUUACCAUGCGCAACGCAAAACGAGAUCAACCAAUCAGACGCCGAGACGCUCGUCAAGAACGGCUGCAUGUGUGUGGGCGAGGGCGCAAACAUGCCCACGGAACCGGAAGCCAUAAAGGUCUUCCAGAAGGCCAGGGUCCUCUACGCGCCGGGUAAAGCUUCCAACGCCGGCGGCGUGGCCGUGUCAGGAUUGGAAAUGAGUCAGAAUAGUCUGCGCGGGGCCUGGACCCGAGAGGAAGUGGACGAAAAGUUGAGCGGAAUCAUGAAGAGCAUUCAUGACACGUGCGUGCAGUACGGCACGUGCAAGGAUGGCUACGUGGAUUACGUGCGCGGCGCGAAUAUUGGCGGGUUCGUCAAGGUAGCGGAUGCCAUGCUGCAGCAGGGUGUGGUCUAAGCCACAUGGUGGUACCCAGAAUACAUCACGGCACAUCUAUCUGGCGUGUGCCGCAUUGUAAAGAUACGUCGGGAAACUAGUCAAUUAGAUGAAGACACUGGACUAGAUAUUAUAUCUUAUAUGAAAAUUGUUUCUACCGUUGCCCUGGAAGGGAAAAUUAAAGAAAACAGAAUGUUAU